AUGGCUCCCAAGAACCGCGUUAUUAUCGACUCCGACCCAGGCAUCGACGAUGUCAUGGCUAUGCUCCUGGCCCUGUCGGCCUCUCCUGAGGAGCUUGAGGUCAUGAUGAUUUCAGUCACCUACGGAAACGUGCCUCUGCAAAGCUGCCUGAAGAACGUCGUUGCCCUCUUCCACGUUUUGGAAAAGGAGAUUGCGUGGCGCAAGGAGAACGGAAAGCCCGAGGGCUUCGAGUCCCUCAAGGCCUACAAGCCCAUCGUGGCAGUCGGUGCCGAGCACGCUCUGGAAGACGACGAGCUGGCCGCUGACUACUUCCACGGACUCGACGGCCUUCACGGCGUCCACGAGAAGCACCCCCACCUCUCCCCGGACGACCGCUGGCAGUCCCUCUUCCAUACCGAGAAGAACGUAGACCACGACCCCUCGCCCUUUAACCAGUACUUCACCCCGGCCAAGCAGGUUGCCCACAAGGAGAUCCUGCGCAUCCUCAAGGAGAACGAGCCCAACACCAUCUCCAUCUGUGUCGUCGGCCCCAUGACCAACGUGGCCCUUGCCGCCGCCGAGGACCCGGAAACCUUCCUCCGCGUCAAGGAGCUCUGCGUCAUGGGCGGCGCCGUCCACGUCGAGGGAAACAUCACCCCCCACGGCGAGUUCAACACCGUCGCCGACGCCGUUGCCGCCGCGCGCGUCUUCGCCCUGACGUCCCCGACCCCGCGCUCCACCAUGCCGCCCAUCUCGGACAAGAAGUCUUCCUUGCCCCCUUACCCAGCUAGGCUGUCCAAGAAGCUCAAGCUGACGCUGUUCCCCCUCGACAUCACGACCCCGCACCUGCUCCGCCAGAACUACUUCACCGAGACCAUCAAGCCCAUCGUGGCGUCCGGGAGCCCCCUCGGCCAGUGGGUCAACCAUUUCAUGUCAAAGUGCUUCGACAAGAUCAUAGAGCUGGAGGGCGACGGACAGGAGCCCGGCCUCUCCCUGCACGACCCCUUGACCGUCUGGUACCUAUUGACGCAGUCCGAUCCCAAGUGGAAGGCCACCGCUGAGCCGGAGGACAUCCGCAUCGAGACCACGGGCCAGUGGACGCGCGGUAUGCACGUCAUCGACCGCAGGCUCCGCGUCAAGUACAACGAGGCCGCCCUCGAGGCCAGCGAGACGGGCGAUGCCGUCGACGUCUUGACCCUGGCUGAGGUCCCCGGUGAUACCGGCGGCUGGCUCAGCACCAGCAGGGGCAACAGGGUCAACAGGAUGGUUGAGUCCCCCGGCGAAGAAUUGUUUGCCCCUGACUUGAUGAAGAGAAUUUUCGGAUAA